AACUUAAAAGGAAGGAGCUGCCUACAAGGACUUUGAAUGGAAGGCUAGGGUGUUUUGAAUGUUACCAAACAGAGAGUAACAGGCAAGUAUCCAGAGAUUGCUACUUGCAGCCGGCUCCACAAGCCAUAUUUCUCCUGACGGGCUUCUAGCAGGAGUUCAAGGGCAGGAACGACCACUCACUGGUCCCUUGGCCUGUUACCAAUGGUCCAGCUGACAGCCACUCCAGCAAGUGCCCUUGUUGAUGAGCCUGUGCACAUCCGAGCAACCGGCCUGUAUCCGACGCAGAUGGUGACCCUCACAGCGUCUCUGAAGGAUGAGAAGGGAAAUCUGUUCCAGUCCAGAGCCUUCUACAGGGCUAAUGAAGCUGGUGAGGUGGACCUGAAGCAGGCUCCUUCCUUAGGAGGCGACUACGUCGGGGUCCAUCCGAUGGGCCUCUUUUGGUCUCUGAAGCCUGAAAGGCCUUUCAUGAGGCUGCUUAAAAGGGAUGUGAUGAACAGCCCCUUUUCUGUCACUUUGGCCCUACACGACUUGGUUUGCCUCCACGAGCUAGAUACAGAUCAGCCCAGCGCCAGCGUGGUGGUGCAGCGCUGGUUCCUCCGCCAUGGGACGCAGCGGGUGCAGAUCCGAGAAGGCCGUGUGCGAGGGGCCCUUUUUCUCCCUCCAGGAGAAGGCCCUUUCCCUGGAAUCAUUGAUUUGUUCGGGGGCGUGGGGGGUCUAAUUGAAUUUCGGGCCAGUCUCCUGGCAGCCCACGGCUUUGCAGUCCUGGCAUUAGCUUAUUUUGCCUAUGAAGACCUGCCGGAGCUACUGAUGGAGGUGGACCUGGAAUAUUUUGAGGAAGCUGCCAACUUGCUACUAGCUCAUCCCAAGGUCCAAGGGCCAGGAAUCGGAGUGACUUCUGUGAGCAAAGGUGCAGAGAUCGGGCUGGCCAUGGCCUGUUUCCUGAAGCAGGUGGUAGCCACCGUCUGCAUCAACGGGCCCAAUGCCAUCUUUGACUUUCCGCUCAGAUAUAGGGAUCUGGUUAUAUUACCCGUCCCCUCAUUUCUGGAGCACGUGCAGACUGAUGUCUCAGGGGCUAUGAAUUUCCGCAACUUUAGGGGAGACCCCCAGGAUAAACUGAAUCAGCAGAGCGUGUUGCCAAUUGAGAAGGCCCAGGGUCAGAUUCUCUUCAUAAUAGGAGAGAAUGAUCAAUCCAUGAAGAGCAGAGAAUAUGCUACACAGGCCCUGGAGCAGCUGAAGAAUCACAGGAGAAACAAUGGAAGGAUGCUGGCCUACCCCGGGGCAGGCCACCUCAUAGAGCCACCCUAUUCGCCCCUAUGCUACGCUUCCCGGAACAAAAGCACAGGUUCCCUAAUCAUGCUCUGGGGAGGGGACCCUGCUGCCCAUGCGGCAGCCCAGGAGCAUGCCUGGGGAGAGAUCCAGAAAUUUUUCAGACAACACCUCAUUCAAACCAGAAGCCAACUCUGAGCAAGGGCCAAGGGUGAGAUAAGGUAGGGAGACAAAAAAUUAGGAUAAGGCAGGGAGGUGGUGAGGAGAGGGGGCUCUCCUGAUUUCUCUAUAUUCUCAAUCAUCUUGAAUGAACUGGAAUAAAAUUCGUUGAAAUCAAAGGACCAGAGCACAGGUACAUCCAAAGUAUUUCUGAUAAAUUGUAUGUACUUCACAUUUUCUUAAAUUGAAUCUUAGUUUAUAUGCACCAGGAUAUGUUGCUAUUUCCAUGCAAGCUGAAUAAUCUUUUAUACCCCAGUGAGGGAUACCUUGCAUCCAGGUAUUGCCAAUCUAGAUAAAUUCCCUGGAACUUCCAAGUUAUUUGUGGAAAUAUGUUUUCUGUUUAAAUUAUUUUGAGCUGAGUUUCUGAUAUUUGAUACGAAAAGUUCUCAUAUCACCAUCAAGUGUAAGGCUUGCUAUAGAUUGUCAGUAGAUAUUUAAUUUCAUUUUUUUUAAAGAUAGGGAGGCUUCCUUUUAUUCCUAAAAUAUACUUCUUAUUAGAAUUUCAAUCAGGAAUCAGAUUGAAUUUAAUCAAGUGUCUUUGUAGAAUUUAUUGAAAUUAAAUGAAUUAAUGUAUUUAAAACACUUUAAACAGUGCCUGGCACACAGAAAUUUCUAUAUGAGUUAGCUAUUAUAAUUUUCAUAGUGUUUUCCUCCUUCAAUCUUUUAGUGUGCUGAAUUACAUUCAUUAAUGAACUAAUUUUGCUUAUUCACUUCAAUAGAUAGAUUUCCAAAUUGCCCAGUUUUAAAAUUUAUUGUGGCGCCAAUAAAUUUUCACCCAUAUUUUCUGGAACACAUUUUUCUCUUAUAAUUUUUCACAUAUUCCCUGUUGUUUUAUCUGCAUGCUUUCUCUUUUUCCUUUCAGUCUGACUUGACAAACACCUUGUCUCUUUUAUCGAUAUUUUUCAAGAACAGCUUUAGGUUUAUCCAUCAAAUCUAUUUUUUCCUGAUUCAUCAAUUUCUGUUUCUUUAAAACAAUACCAUAUGAUUUCACUCAUACAUGGAAUCUAAUGAACAAACUGAACUAACAAGCAGAAUAGAGACAGACUCAUGGAUGGAGAGCAGGCUGACAGCUAUAAAGGGGCACUCAAGGGCGGAGGGAUCAAGCAAAAAGGAGAGAGGACCCACAUGGGCACGGACACAAUGUGGUGGCUAUGGGAGGGGACGGAAGAUAAAUGGCAAUGGAAAAAUACAAUCCAAAUAAUAAAAAAAA